AUGGUUUUUUCGAGCAGCGACGGCGAAGGAGGAAACAGUUUGAAAAGCGGUUACGAUUUCGACGAACAAGAAAUAGAAAAUUUAGACGAUGCGAGAAAAGUAAUAAGAGAAUUAAAGGAAAGAUGUAGAAAUCAAGCGCAACAACUUCUUCAUUGUAAAAGAAGAGUUAAAACACAAGAUGAAAUGGUGGCACGUUUUCAACAGGAGAGAGCGGAUCAAUUGAAAGCUUUGUCGUCUCAGCUUUUCUUAUUCGAAGCACGACUCAUAAGAAAGCAAAAGGACAUAAGUAACCUGUUGUCGCAGAGAGACGUACUCAUAGCACGUCAGCAACAAGCACUUCAUAUCCUACAACAAAGACUGGUCGAAGCCGGAAUUGAAUCUCCACUACCAGACGUUUCUUGUUUCAUAAUUGAUUCACCGACGGGAGAUACAAAUUUAGACUCGUUGAAUGACAGUGAUAGUGCCGUGGUUCUAGAAGAGGGAAACGAUCACGAACCUAAUUUUCCAAGAUUUCGGUCGGGUUCGGAUAGCGUGACUAUAAUCAGAAGUGUUUCCGAUGCCGUCGAACCGGGUGGAAAAUAUUAUUCCCUGAGGAGAUCAAACGGUUUUCUCAGACGUCCGGAAGUAUUAGAAACCGUUUAUAGCGUCGAAGAAGAUGGCGACACGGAUGGUAGCACGUCGAAUUCUAAUACGGAAAUGAAAAAGGAAUACGAAUCUCCGAUGAUGAACGACAUGAUGAAAUCCGAUUUGUCAUCAUCAUCAUCAUCGGAGAGUAAAACAACGACUCCUCUCUCGUCGAAACGUUUGCUUUGGAGCACGUCGGGAAAACUUCAAGCUCUCUACGGUAGUUUUGAAAGACUCAAUCAUUCGUCAUCUUCCACUCCUAAAACAUCCUCGAUAACGGAUAAAAAAGAUGAGCAUCCGACAAAUCAUGUCGUGACGACAUAUAAUCGCGUCAUGAGCAAUCACAGAUCCGUGACGAAACCGAAAGAUGUCAAAUAUAAAAGAAUAAACAAAGCCAAAUCGAAAUCUCUCGAAGAACUCAGAGGAAGACUUAAAAAUUGGGUUGACAAAGGAAGCAAAAGCGUUGGAGCUUUUGAUCACGCGGAUCCUUAG